GCCCCGGCACCGGACCGGUACCGCACCGGCAGCAGCAGCGGGGCUCGGCGGCUCCUCCGGCCGCCCCGGCUCCUCCUCACGCCGGUCACAUGAGGCGCCCCGGCCGCUCAGAUCCGGCGCGGGCGGAGCCGCGGGCUGGGCCGCGCUGGCACUGACCCCGCCCCGGUACCGACCGCAGCCCCGCGGGGUCCCCGCUCCGCCCCGGUACCGACCGCGGCCCCGCGGGGUCCCGGCCAUGCCGCGGUCGCGGUGCCCGCGCCCGGCGCUGCCGGUGCUGCGCUGGCUCCCGCGGUACUCCCGGGCGUGGCUGCCGCUGGACCUGCUGGCCGGGCUGGCCGUGGGACUGACCGCCGUGCCCCAGGCGCUGGCCUACGCCGAGCUGGCCGGGCUGCCGCUGCAGUACGGCCUCUAUUCCUCCUUCAUGGGCUGCUUCGUGUACUGCCUCCUGGGCACGGCCAAGGACGUGACGCUGGGUCCCACGGCCAUCAUGUCCCUGCUGGUCUCCUCGUACACCUUCCACCAGCCCGGCUAUGCCGUCCUGCUCGCCUUCCUCUCUGGCUGCAUCCAGCUGGCCAUGGGGCUCCUGCGCCUCGGACUCCUUCUGGAUUUCAUUUCCUGCCCUGUCAUUAAGGGGUUCACAUCAGCUGCCUCCAUCACCAUUAGCUUCAACCAGGUCAAGAACAUCCUGGGGCUGCAGGAAAUCCCGAGGCAGUUCUUCCUGCAGGUCUACGAGACACUCCGGAGGAUUGGGGAGACCAGGGCUGGGGACGCUGUGCUGGGGCUCAGCUGCCUGGCAGCGCUGGCAGGGCUCCGGGCCAUGAAGAGCCGCCUGCCCCAAGCUGCCCCCACAGAGCCGCUGGCUGUCAGGAUCAGCUACCUGAUUGUGUGGAUCACUGCCACAGCCCGCAAUGCUCUCGUUGUGCUGUUUGCUGGCCUGGUGGCUUACUCCUUCCAGGUGCUGGGCUCCCAGCCCUUCAGGCUCACAGGCAGCAUCCCCCAGGGCCUGCCAGCCUUCCAGCCACCGCGCUUCUCCCUGGCAGCGCCCAACGGCACCGUCCCCUUCCACAGCAUGGUGCAGGACAUGGGGGUCGGGCUGGCUGUGGUGCCGCUCAUGGGGCUGCUGGAGACCGUCGCCAUCGCCAAGGCUUUUGCCUCACAGAACGGUUACAGGAUUGACCCUGACCAGGAGCUGCUGGCUCUGGGUGUUGCCAAUGUCCUGGGCUCCUUUGUCUCCUCGUUCCCCAUCACGGGCAGCUUUGGCCGGACGGCGGUGAAUGCUCAGUCAGGGGUCUGCACCCCCGCGGGAGGGCUCGUCACAGGUGCCCUGGUCCUGCUGUCCCUGGCAUACCUCACCUCUCUCUUCUACUACAUCCCCAAAGCAGCGCUGGCUGCUGUCAUCAUCUCGGCCGUGGUGCCCAUGUUCGACGCUGGCAUCUUCCGGACGCUCUGGCGGGUUAAGAGGCUGGACCUUGUGCCCCUCUGUGUGACGUUCCUGCUCUGCUUCUGGGAGGUGCAGUAUGGGAUUGUGGCUGGGGUGCUGGUUUCUGGGGUUCUCCUGCUCUACUCCAUUGCCAGGCCCCCAAUAAAGGUGUCAGAGGGGUCCGUGCUGCUGGUGCAGCUGGGGAGCAGCCUGCACUUCCCAGCCGUGGAGCACCUGAGGGACACGGUGUGCAGCCGUGCUCUGGCAGCAGCAUCUCCAGCCGGCUCUGUGGUGCUGGACUGCAGCCACGUCAGCAGCAUCGAUUACACGGCGGUGCUGGGGCUGGCAGAGCUGCUGCAGGAGCUGCGCAGGCACGGCCUCUCGCUGGCCUUCUGUGGCCUGCAGGACCCCGUUCUCCAAGUGCUCCUGUCUGCAGGCUUGGAAGGAUUCCAGCAUUUCCCCAGCUGGGAGGAGGCAGAGCUCAGGGCAGCGGAGCUGGGGGGCAGCAGGGCAGAGCCCCUCACCAGCACUGCCGAGAGCACCGGGCUCAUCCAGUGAGACCAGUUUGGGCUGAACGUCCUGUGCCACUCCAGUGACACCAGCACCCUCCCUGGGAGCCAGCUGCCCCAUCCUGGGCACGGGGAUGGACUGUCCCCCUGUCCCACGGGGAGAUGGACAGAGCAGCACCAGCCCGGCCCCACACGGGCUGUGGGACAGACCUGUUCCUUGUCACAGUGACCAGUGCAAAGCCGUCCUUCCUCCAGGGGGCUGCUGACAUUUUUUAAACGACUGUUUUAAUUCUGGACCUUUUUCAUGUUCUGGGCCGCUCCAGUGGUGACACAGGGUGAGCUCUCAAAGCUGUUUCAGGGCUGCUGUUCUGCCCUCCAAGUGGACAUGGGGGCUCAGCCUCCAGCUCUGGGAGAGGGAAAACGUCUGGGAUUGUGCUCCUUACUGAUUUUUAUCCUUACCUUUUUUAUCCUUAACUUGUCUGUGGGGUGUUGUACCAAACACUGCCCCGGGUCAGGGCUGGGCUGACACCCUGGGUCAGGGCUGGGCUGACACCCCGGGCCCUGCCGAGGGGACAGGCACGGUGACACCAGGACAGCACCUGGUGGGGCUGGGCAGGCUCGGGAAUUCCGUUUCCCUGAACGGCCCUCAGCGAGGCUGUAAUAAAUCAGAAACUGCUAAUGAGUCACUGUGAUCUCUGCCUUCCGGAGGGAAAGCUUUUUCCUUUUGUGUGGGAAGGGGAGUUAUCUUCUGGGUGCUGCUGAGCCUGCCGGGGAAAAGAAACCGAAAGCAAUCUGGGGCACUGCGGGUGAAGGGAGCCCGAGGGCGCGGUCUGCACAGCUCCGGCUGCCGGGGGUGCUGGAAGGGCGGCACGGGGGCCCGGGAGGCACACACAACUGCCGGGAUCACACACACCUGGU